AUGGAGCCAAAUCAGUAAACUUCUUAAGCACACAAGAAUACUGGUAAACCUACUCUCAGUUCUACCAAUCAGGGAAAGAUUUACUCUACCAAUCAAUCUAAUACUAAUUUGGAGAGUGUUAAUCAUUAGCUGUCAUAGAUGAAUAUCUCCCCAAUCACCUUGAAAAGAAGAAAGUUCAAAGAUAUCUAAGAGAAUGAUUAAGGCAAAUUUCAGACAAUAAAUAACAGUUUUAAAGGUGCUUCUCGCAUGAGAAUGAAGAUAAAUCAGAGUCCAGAUGAUUCCAUAUUGCUAAAUCAAGCCGAGAAGGUUUAUUAGAAGGAUGCUUUUCUUUUCCUACCAAAUGCUAAAAAUUAUAUUAAAAGCUCUGCAACAAUGAACUAAAGUUAUGUAGAUCGCAGUUUUAUGGAUCAGAGUACAAGAUUUGGAGGAAUUGCCUCAGAGUCAAAGGAAUUGAACAAUUAAAGCUUGAGUUUGGACUAAAGUCAUUUAGCAACGAAUGAAGUUGCUGCUGUGACUAAUAUCACUUUCAAUGAUCUGUCAAUGACUUUAGACAAAUCAAAUCUAAUUUAUCCUCAGGAUGAUAAUGAUAGAAGACCAUUUCAAAGAGACAAUGAAAUGAAUUCUUAACAGACUGAUGCAGAUCUUGACUUUAUUAAUGAGAUCCAUGCUACUGAAGAUGAGAGAGAAUUCUUUGCCAAGAUGCACAAGAAAAAUCUAUGGAAGUUCAACUAACCAUCAAUAAGUGAGGGGAGCCUUGAUAAUGGAUGGAAUUGGGAUGAUGACGACUGUCCUGUUAGCUAAUCAGCUCUUGAUAAAAUCAAGGAGGCAAUAAACAACACCUUCAUUGAAAAUCACACUUUCAACUACUAGAUGUCUACAAGCGAUGAGGACUCUUGUGGAUUUGAUAUGGCUGGAGUUUAUCACAAGUAUAAAGAGGAGGAGAUGAAAGAGCAGAGCCAAAGUUAUCUAAAAUUCAAUGAUUUUAUGCCAAUGGAGGAAAUGCUAUUUCCUGAGAUGAGUUGGGAUGAGUACUUAAUCUAACAAUAGAAUAAUCAUGAAUAAAUUUCACCUUGCUAAUGA